AUGAGGAAGCUUCAGAGAAAUAGGAGUGUAUUGCAGCAAACUAAAAUUCUUCUGUGGAAAAAUUUACUUCUCAAGUGGAAGAUGAAAAUGCAGAGCCUUCAGGAGUGGGUGCUGUCUCUGCUCUUCCUGCCAGUGAUUUUCCUGCUGUGCUACUCCACAAUGCCCUUCCACCACCCCGAGGUGCCUUUCGGCCACCUGGGGCACUUAGAUGAUCCUGCCUAUAAUGCCACUGGGGACACCAUUGCUUUUACACCCAUCACUGUGACCACCAGGCAGAUAAUGAAUAAAGUGGCCUUGAACUCUCUAAUGACAGGUAUAAAACUAGAGGCACUGGACAACGAGGAAGCCUUGGAAAAAGCCUGGAUUUCAAAUAAGGAAGUUAUAGGGGUUGUAUUUAAAGACAACUUCUCCUAUCACCUCAGGUUUCCAACUGGGAGUGUGGUUGUUCCCAAUGAAAAAUUUGGAUACAUAGACACCUGCUAUGAUUUCUUGUCAUCAUACUGUGACAACCCAAGGUACUGGUACAAAGGCUUCCUGUCCCUGCAGUCCAGCAUUGAUGCUGCCAUUAUAGAGAUGGUGGCAAAUCAUUCUGUUUGGGAAGAAAUGAAAUCAAUUGCUGGUGUCCGUAUGAAGUCCCCAAGCAUCAUCACCGUCACCUUGGAGUUCAAUUACCUUCUGGUUAUUCUCGUGAUGUGUUUCUCUCCCUUCAUGUAUUUCUUGACAAUGAAUGUUGCAAAAGAAAAGAAGAAGCUCAAAGUGCUGAUGAAGACGAUGGGGCUGCAGGACAUUGCCUUUUGGCUCUCCUGGAGUCUGCUGUAUGCUGGUUAUGUGCUGGUCCUCUCCUGCCUGCUGACAGCUGUUGUGGUGGAGAAUAUUUUCUACCUCAGCAGCUUUCCUGCAGUCUCACUGCUGUUUUUCCUGUAUGGCCUAGCAAGUAUCCACAUGGUCUUCAUGCUCUGCUCCCUCUUAAAGACCUCCAAACUUGCUACCUUCGUGGGGUUCCUCAUCACCUUCCUCUUUGGAUGCCUGAGCCUCGCUGUGCUGAUAGAAAAUAUUCCCGACCCACUGCAGUGGUUUCUGAGUCUCUUCUGUCCUUUUGCCUUCUGUACUGGCAUUGCAAAGGUUUUCCAUUUAGAAAAACAUGGAAAAGGUUUCUCUAUUUCUAACCUUACGGGGGAUUCACACAUUUUAUUUUCAACUUACAUUGUGUUGGUCCUUGACUCAGUCUUGUACCUGCUGCUGGCCAUGUACUUCGACAGGGUUCUGCCAGGGAAAUAUGGCAUCCCAGAGCCCCCUUUUUUCUGCCUGAAGCCCUCAUUCUGGCUGCAGAGCAGGAGAAGCUCCACCAGGGAAAUGCCCAGAACUGCAACGAGCUCCGAGGAGUUCUUUGGUGAUGAUGUAGAACCCGUGUCCCCUGAAUUCCUGGGGAAGGAGGCCAUCAGACUCAGCAAUGUUAAAAAGCUGUAUAAAAAGAAAGACAAGAUGACAGAAGCUUUAAGAGGUUUGUCUUUAAAUAUUUAUGAAGGUCAGAUCACUGCUCUGGUGGGCCACAGUGGGGCUGGAAAGACGAUGCUGUUAAAUGUGCUCAGUGGACUCACUUUCCCCUCUGCAGGCUCUGCAACCAUCUACAACUACAACCUCUCUGAAGCAGGAGACAGGGAAGAGAUCAGAGAGAUGAUUGGCAUUUGCCCACAAUUCAACGUCCAGUUUGAAGUCUUAACAGUGAAACAAAAUCUGAAAAUUUUUGCAGAAAUCAAAGGCAUCAAGUCCAAGGAGGCAGAGCAAGAGGUGCAAAAAAUUUUGGACCUGCUGGGUAUCAGUAACAUUCAAGACACUCAAGCUGAGAAGCUGAGUGGUGGGCAGAAAAGGAAGUUAUCCAUUGGAAUCACCCUGCUUGGAAACCCCCAGAUUUUGUUGCUGGAUGAGCCAACAGCUGGGCUGGAUCCUCUUUCCAGGUACCAGCUGUGGAACGUCCUCAAGGAGCACAGAGCUGGCCAGGUCAUCCUGUUCACUACUCAGUCCAUGGACGAGGCUGACAUCUUUGCAGACCGCAAGGCUUUUCUCUCGCACGGGAGGCUGAAGUGUGUUGGUUCUUCCCUGUUCUUGAAGAAAAAAUGGGGGAUUGGCUAUCAUUUAAGGAUCCACAUCAGUGAGUCUUGUGACUCGGGGACCGUGACAGCGGUGGUGAAACAGCACAUCCCCAACGCCACGUUCUCAGGACACAGCCAGUAUGAGCUGAGAUACAAACUGCCAUUAGAAAACACAAAUAAAUUCCCAGAUCUGUUCAGUGGCCUCGACAGCUGCUCCAACCAGGGGAUUAUCAAUUAUGGAGUUAGCAUGACAACCCUGCAGGAUGUCUUCCAGAGACUGGAGAAAGAAGCCACGGUGGAUGAGGAAGAUGAGUGUGUCCCUGGGGAGGAGAGGGAAGGUGCAGGACCGCGGAGCCCUGGGGAGACAGAGCUGGGCUCCCUGCUGCUCUCGGAUGGGAAGAAGGUGGAACUCAGCAGCUGGGCUCUCUGGAGGCAGCAGGUCUCUGCCAUGGCAUGGGUCCAUUUCUUAAAGCUUAAAAGUUCAGUGAAAACCCUGCGGUCAAUUUUGCUGCUCUAUGUGGUUCUUCUGCUUCCUGUGGUUUUGCAACUGUUCCUGCUUGCUGCCUGGAAUAGCCUGGGAGCCUGGGAGCUCUCAGCAGCACGGUACUUCCUGCCCCUGGGGAAGAGGGCUCGCUCAGACACCACCAGCCUCUUGGUCCAAAACAGCACAGGCACAGCCAUUGAAGACUUUAUCCGCACUCUUGAGAGCCAAGAUCUCAAAGUGGAAAUAACAAGCCAGGAAAAUAUCACGGAGGAGCUAAAACACAACGGGGCUAUACAGGUGUCCCGCAAAGGCCAGAGCUACAGGUUUAGUGUGUUAUGCCACAUAGAGGCCAUCAACUGCUUCCCAGUGCUUGUCAACGUCAUCAGCAACUCUCUGCUGAGAGCCCUCAACUCCACGGCGCACAUUCGGGUCUGGAGCCACCCGUUUGUCUUUAUAAAUCUUUCAGAAUUGCGGAGUCACCUUAUUUCUUUUUACUGCAUUUACAUGCCGUUGUUAUUCCCUGCUUGUCCUGCUCACUUUGCAAUGGGCUACGUGCAGGAUUACAAGCCAGCACAAAGUGCCAGAAGACCAAAAACAGAGGUGGGAUUUUCCCCCAUUGGCCGCGCACUGGUGGACAUCCCACUCUGCUGGUUUCUUCUCUUCUCCAUGUUUGGGCUUCAGUUUGCCAUGAGCAACGAGAUUUCUGGGAGCUUCUAUACCUUCUUCUGUCUGAUCAUGGGUACAUGUGGCUAUGGAAUUUCCAUUGUUCUCCUCAUCUAUGUCAUCUCCUUCAUCUUCUGCAAAGGAUGGAACUGUAAUUUUUGGUCUUUUAUCCUGACAGUGGUAUGCAUUGUUUCUUUAAUCAUCAGUAAAAUCAUGGACUUCGAAAUCAGUCCUGUUACCUCCCUCUACGUUGUGUGUCUCCUGAUUCCUGUGUACCCACUGCUGCCUAUAAGCUACCUCACCUGCCAUAUUUUUAUACCAGAAGCUUACUUACUCACUCAGAUUGUGCAGCAUCAUGUACUAAUAGCUGUCUUUGCACCUUACAUCCACUCCGUGUAUUUCAUUGUUCUCCUUCUAUCGUUGGAGCUACUACGUGGAAAAGCAGUUCUGAGAAGGCUCCCAAUAUUUAGGACUUCCCCAAGAGAGAGUAGCCACCAGCACCCCGUGGAGCUUGAAGAGGAAGAUGAAGAUGUGAAAGCUGAAAGAGCAGCAGUGAAAAUGGCCAUGGUUGCUCCAAGUCAGGAGGAGGAGAAAUCAGCCAUUAUAGUCAGCAAUCUGUGCAAGGAAUAUAAAAUAAAGCAAGGUGGUUCCAUUUGCAAGAAGAAGAAGAAGAAGAAAAUAGCCACCAAAAAUAUCUCCUUCUGUGUUAAAAAAGGAGAAGUAUUAGGACUUCUGGGGCCCAAUGGAGCUGGUAAGAGCACAGCUAUCAAGAUGAUUACUGGAGGGACACCACUGACUGCUGGGCAGGUGCUGAUGAAGACGGGAGAUGGAGCAACGUUCUCCCUCCAGGACCACGUGCCUUCCUCCCUGGGCUACUGCCCACAGAAGGACCCUCUCUGGCCGGACCUCACCGUGCACGAGCACCUGCAGGUUUACGCUGCCGUGAAAGGGGUGCGCAAGGAGGACACAACUGCUGCUGUCAACCGGAUAGUGACUGCUCUGCAGCUUCAAGACUAUUUAAAAAAAAAACCCAGACAGCUGUCAACUGGGAUAACCAGAAAGGUGUGCCUUGCCAUGUGUAUGCUGGGCAACCCCACUGUCCUACUCCUGGAUGAGCCAUCAACUGGCAUGGACCCCAAGGGGCAGCACUUGCUCUGGAAGAUGAUUCGUGCUGCCCUGAAAACCCAGGAGACAGGAGCCAUCCUGACGACUAACUCCACUGAGGAGGCGGAGGCCGUGUGUGACCGCGUGGCCAUCAUGGUCUCCGGGCAGCUACGGUGCAUUGGCUCCAUUCAGUACCUGAAGGACAAGUUUGGCAAAGUCUAUGUGCUGGAAAUGAAGGUCAAGGAUCCAGAGCACGCUGAUCGUCUCCAUGCUGAGGUUUUGAGGAUUUUCCCAAGCGCAGCCCGUCAGGAGCGGUUCCCCAGUUUGCUAGUCUACAAGGUCCCAAUGAAAGAUGCACUGCCCCUAUCUCAGUCCUUCUCCAAGCUAGAGGAAGCCAAACGGAACUUCAACCUGGAGGAGUACAGCUUCUCUCUGAACACUUUGGCUCAGGUGUUUUUGGAACUCUCCCAAGAGCAGGAAAAGGAUAAUUCUGAUCUGACUUUGGGUGAAACUUUCAAAUGGAAACGCCUUCAGAGACACAGGCUUUACAGGGAGGAGCUCAACCUGACGUCCCCGGCAGCGCCGCUGCCGCGCCGGCCGGACUCCAGCUGGCUGCAAUUCCACCUGGGAAUCAGCCGGGACGCGCUGUACCCGCGCUCCAGCCCCGCGGUCAGCAGGCUGCUGCGGGACAUGCAGGGCUCCCCCACCAUCAGCGCUGACUACAGCCAGGACGAGAAAGCGCUGCUGGGGGCCUGUGACUGCAGCCAGAUCGUGAAGCCCAGUGGGGUGCACCUGAAGCUGGUCCUCAGGUUCCAGGACUUUGGGAAAGCCAUGUUCAAGCCCAUGAGGCAGAAACGUGAGGAGGAGACCCCUGAGGACUUCUUCUACUUCGUUGACUUCCAGCGGCACAACGCCGAGAUCGCUGCCUUCCACCUGGACAGGAUCCUGGAUUUCCGGAGGGUGCCACCCACAGUUGGGAGGCUGAUCAAUGUCACCAAGGAGAUCCUGGAGGUCACCAAGAACGAGGUCCUGCAGAGUGUCUUUUUUGUCUCCCCAGCCAGCAACGUUUGCUUCUUUGCCAAGUGCCCCUACAUGUGCAAGACAGAGUACGCGGUGUGUGGGAACCCUCACCUCCUGGAAGGGUCCCUCUCUGCCUUCCUGCCAUCCCUCAACCUGGCACCACGACUCUCCAUCCCAAACCCAUGGAUCCGGUCCUACUCGUUUGAUGGAAAAGAGGAGUGGGAAGUGAAUCCACUCUAUUGCAACACAGUGAGGGAGAUCUACCCCUACAGCAACAGCAACCGACUGCUUAACAUCGUGGACAUGGCCAUCUUUGACUUCCUCAUAGGGAACAUGGACCGGCACCACUAUGAAAUGUUCACCAAGUUUGGGGAUGAUGGAUUCCUCCUGCACCUGGACAAUGCCAGAGGGUUUGGGCGACAUUCCCAUGAUGAGACCUCCAUCCUAGCCCCUCUCUCUCAGUGCUGCAUAAUAAAGAGGACAACGUUGUUACGACUCCAGCUCUUGGCAGAGCCCGAGUAUCAGCUCAGCGACGUGAUGAGGGAGUCCCUCCUGCAGGACCCCCUGGCCCCUGUCCUCACUGAGCCCCAUCUCCUGGCUCUGGACAGACGGUUACAGCUGAUCUUGAAAGCUGUGAGGACAUGCAUAGACACUCAUGGAGAAGCCAAGGUGGUGGCCAACGACACCACGCAGCCAGAGGCUCCUGCAUCUGACAGAGUGAAGCUGACCACAUAA